AUGUCGCCGGUGAGAGUGCUGGUGGCAGCGCUGCUGGCCGUGUCCUGCGGGGGCGGCUGCUCUGCCUACUACGAGGCACCCCCGGACGGCCAGCGCCUGCUGCUGCAAGCCGCCCCCGCCGCCGGCGCCGCCCCCGCCGCCUCCGCCGCCGCCUCCUGGCCCCACCAGCAGCGGCGACAGGCCAUCGACGAGUUCGCCGCAGCAGCAGCGGCCGCCGCAGACGCUCAGUACCAGGAUGAAGAGGAGGACGGUGCACGACGUGUGAAGCGCAUGGGAAUGGGCCCGUCGCUGUCCAUCGUGAACCCCAUGGACGUGCUGCGCCAGCGGCUGCUGCUCGAGAUCGCCCGCCGGCGGCUGCGUGACGCCGAGGAACAGAUCAAGGCCAACAAGGACUUCCUGCAGCAGAUCGGCAAGCGCUCUCCGCACGCAGGAGGUGCCGCCAACGACGCAGACGCCGACGCCCCGCCCUUCGGCCUGCGAGCCGCUGCAGAGAGAUCUGCAUCUGAUAUUUCGAAGGACUGGGCCAGUUCAGAUUCGCGCUGGAACAACCAAUUCACAGUGCGCCAGUCGUAAGCUAGUCAACUCGGAUCUCAUAAAAUUUGCUACUUCAUUGCCCUAACUGCUGGAGCUACUUCUUACAAGCAGUAUUUCAGGCACUACUGUGAGGGUGUUUUCUUGCAGUAACAUGCUUCACUUAAAAAAAAAAAAAAAAAAAAAAAAAAAUCAUUCUGCCAUGGUAGCAUUGUAAUGGGAAAAAUGUAAAUAAACACCUGUAGUUCAACAUUUUGGCAUUAUUGUACGUAAGCCUUGCAUGUAUUAACACUGUAAAACAUGUAUGUUGUGAAGAAGUUAAUUACAUAUACUACAUAAGUAGCUUUGUAGAUCCCAUUCAAAAGAAAAAUUCUAUGUUGCAUUUUGUCAAUGAAAAUCUAUGCAAAUUAUGAGCUACAACUGAAUUUGGCCUACAAUAUUUUAUUUCAAUAGGUUUGAUUGGUCUUAUUUUUUCCAGUUCACUUAUCAACAGCAUAAAUCAGGCAGAAACACCCUCCGUAGAUGUUUUUUGCUAUAAAGAUGUAACUUAAUUUGCAUUAAGAUGUAUAAUAUACUGUAAAAUGUUCUAUUUUAGUAUCAAAUGUAUAGGUAUGUUCUUGUUACAGAACUCUGUUGAAAGUAACUUUAACAUGAAAAAGUACCAACAAUUAUACUUGUACAGUUCUUUCACACUAUUUAGUUUACAGACAAGAAAAGUAGUGUGCUUAUCAGCUAGAUCUCCUAUUGAUCCACAUUCCUCAUUCAAAAUUAGUGAAACAUUCCACAGAAAUAUAAUAGGCAAAGCAAAGUUGCAGUCAAAGUGUACAGUUCACAGUACCUGUAAAUUACUUGUGUCAAAUAAUGUUAGUAAUGUAAGUGAAAUGUUAACUUCAGUAUUCACCUACUGUACCUCACAUAGUUUUAAUAUCUGGAGAUUGGAUGUCUGACAGAAUAGAAAUGCAGGUACUAUAGCAUAUGCAAAGAAACUAAAAGUCUUCUAAUUCAAAUAAAAAUUAUUUGUCUUCAUCACAA